AUGAGUCCUCACAGAAUUGAUGCCCUUCCUUCACCGGCAGCUUUGCCUCAAUAUGGAAUCUCCUCGAACGGCUUUCUGCCCGCCGAAGCCCCUCUCAGUCGCCUGCCACAUGCAUACUAUCAGCCAUGGGAGCUGAUUACCGAUGUUCUGCCUGCGUUGAUCGAGGCACAACAAAUACGGGAAUGGGUAGACAAGCUUCCCGUUCUCAGUACCGAGUAUCUUGAUAGCGAAGCAGAAUGGCAGAGAGCCCACUCGCUAUUAGCUGUAAUCGCCCAAGGAUACAUAUGGACAGGCCCUGAGCCAUCACAGGUAACAGACGUUCUCGCAAUUCCAGCUUCAUCAUCAGUCACUUACAUUGUACAGAGACUACCUCCUGCUGUCACCGUACCCUUCCUCCAGACUGCCGAGCACCUUGAGGUGCAUCCUGUGGCUACUUAUGCAGCACUGAAUCUGUGGAACUGGACGCCACUAGAAGACAAUGCGGACCUCACUCAACCCGAAAACAUGGUUGCACUGCAUACAGCCACAGGCACCGACGACGAGUCGUGGUUCUUCAUCAUCUCCAACGCCAUGGAAGCAAGAGCAGGUCCACUGAUCGAAAUCAUGCUUGGUGCCAUCGAAGCCGUCGAACGCAACGACGUCCCCAAGAUCAUACAUGCUCUAGAGUACCUGAGUCAAGGCUUGAAGAGCAUCGGGCAACUUUUAGAGCGUAUGGAUGAGCGAUGCAACCCCCAAAUGUUCUACCACACCAUUCGGCCAUUCCUAGCAGGCAGCAUGAACAUGGAGGCUGCAGGAUUGCCCAACGGCGUAUUCUACGACGAAGGCGACGGAAAGGGUUCGUGGAGGAAAUACCGCGGCGGCAGUAACGGGCAAAGCUCGCUGCUACAGUUCUUCGAUGCCGUCCUAUCCGUGAACCACGCCCGAAGUGGUGGCUUCCAUUCCGAGAUGCGCGGAUACAUGCCGGGAUCUCACGCCCGAUUUCUCGACGAUGUCGAAGCCAUUGCAAACAUACGCGACUACGUCGACAGUCACCAAGACAACUUGCCCCUUUUGACAGCUUUCAACGAGGCGGUUGCGGCGCUUAGCGGCUUUCGCGACAAGCACAUUGCUCUCGUGACUCGAUACAUCAUCAUCCCCAGUCGCCAAGCCAAACCACAGAACCUGGUUAAGCGCAGAGAUAUUGCAUCGGCUUCGAGCAAGCUGGCGUCGGAAAAGCCAAAGACACAGGAACUAGUGGGUACAGGAGGCACGACACUGAUACCGUUUCUGCGCACGUCGAGAGACGAAACAAGCGAAACCAAAGUUGUGCGUUGA